UUAUUGCAAUGGAUUCAAUUAAACAUUGUAUUGCAGGACUUGUAAUAGCAUUUGUUUUCGGAGCAGCUUACAUUUUCGAGGAGAGAUUGAGUGAUAUUUACAAGGAAGUGAAGAAACGUAAUGAAGAGUUAUCGAUCAUUAGACUGACAAAUAAACACUUAAAAACGAAAGUAGAUACAUUAGAGGAGUUUUCGGAAGCUACUGGCAAUAAAGAAUUCGUAACAGAAAAGAAGACCAUAGAAAACCUAAGCAAGCGAGUUGAAGUUGUAGAAAAGAGCUUGGAUAAUGUGGAAAAACGAAUACAAAUAUAUGACAAAAAAGAGUACGACUUCCAUGUCACAAAUUGUGAAAAGAGUUGGGUCAAAUUUGAGGAAAACUGCUAUCUUUUUAUUAGCAUGAAUAAAAAUUUUACAGAUGCAAUGGAUUUUUGUAACAAAGCCGCGGCUGGUGCUCAACUCCUUGAAAUUAAAAGUUCACAUGUAGAAAAAUGGAUAGAUCUGCAGCUGACGAUUCGAGGUUUUCAAAAUGCAUGGAUUGGAUUGACAGAUUUACUCAAGGAAAAUGAAUAUGUCUCAAUUUUGACUGGAAGAAAAAAGACAUGUACAAAUUGGUAUAAAAACCAACCCAGCAAUAGUGGAAAUGUGGAAUACUGUGCCGAAAAGAGGGCAUUGUAUUCAUGGAAUGAUAAGCGCUGUGAUGCUAGAAUCCCGUUCGUAUGUGAGCUUAGUCCUUAAAAGAUAAUUAUCUCGUACAUUAUUGAACGCGUUUCAAUAUCAAUCGUUUAUACGUUUUGUAACAGUUCUGCUUAAAUUAAUAAAUGGAAGUAUAUGUAGCUACGAUUGGAUUAAUUUUAAUUUCUUAUUUCCCGGACUGGAAAGAUAAGAGAGUCAUUUAAUAUAAUAAUUCAGCAAUUGAUUUUCUUUUUCAGUUGAAAAGUUCUAUAAGUGGAAAAAGAUUAUUUUUAUUGUUCAAGCAAGAUAAAGAAUAAGCACACUAAAGUAUGUUAUUUUGAAGACCCUUUUCGUAUCCAUUUUAAGAUUUGAAAUAUUAUACCGAUAUAUGGCUAAAUUAAUCUAUGAUUAUUGUAUACUAGUAUGCAUAUGCUUUUGAUAUU